AAGAAUGUAAGGUAUUUCUUUUCAGCUUCAUAUCAUCGAAGGAUUAUGGAGCUUUCAGGAGUUGGAUCAGUUCUUUAUUGUCAACAGAAAUACAUCAUUGAUGGAACAAGAGCAUUUAGUAUUUGUAUUUUCUUCAAUAUGUCUACGCUAUCUCGGUGACCCUGGAUAUCAACAAGGUAUUGGUCAGGAACUUGGUGUUAGUCAAGCAACGGUAUUUCGUACUGUGGAUAGAGAUGUGAACAGCAUAGUUGCACAGUCGAACGAAUGGAUCAAGUUUCCAACUACCUACCAUAAACUGAUGGAGGCCAGGCGGACAUGGCAAAGCAUGUAUAAAUUUCCGACAGAAAUUUGCGUAAUUGAUUGUACACAUAUAGGAAUCCUGAAACCAAAUCGCCAUGGAGAUGAGCAUAUCAACCGAAAAGGGAAACCUACUUUAAUGUGCAAGCCACUUGUGAUGCCAGAGAGAUGUUCACAUGUGUUGAUGUCAGUUGGGCUGGAUCAGUCCCUGAUUCCAGAAUAUGGAGAAUUUCACAGACUAGAUCACAACUAAUAAAUAAAGCAAAUGUUGUACUACUUGGCGAUGACGGUUAUGGUAUUGUGCCAUGCCUUAUGACUCCCUUCAAAAAUCCUACUCCAGGUGCAGAAAUCAAUUAUAAUAAGCUUUUGGAACAACAAACAGUUAUAAUCGAACGAUGUUUCGGCCAACUGAAACGCCGGUUUCCUAUGUAUGUUUGCCGCGUAAAGUUGGAAAAUGAGCCGAAAAUAAUUAUUGCUUGUAUUGUACUCCAUAAUGUUGCGAAGAGCUUGGACGAUCCUGAAUCUGAGUUAGUUGAACAAGACUCAGAUGAAGAUGAAGGAAAUCAUGAGAAUGACGAACUUCCUCUCCGCCAACCAGGUCAUCAAAUAAGAAGGAACUUGAGUAUUAUAAUAAAUAGUUUUACUGAUUAAAGUAUAUUUAUACGUUAUAACAAGUUUUAUUUUCGUGAACAUCAUAAAUUCCACGUGGC